AUGCUGCUCAGGGGCGCCCGCCCUGCACCACCUGUCAGGAGCUUCCAUCUCCUCCUCUUCUCCUUCCUCCUUUUAGGCAUAGCCGAUGGAGCUGCUCCCACCCUCUUCCGCACCUUUUCUCCACCUGAGGGAGGACUCACGCAUUUGGUCGUCAACAACAAAACUGGGGAUGUGUACGUUGGUGCUGUGAAUUGGAUCUACAAGCUGUCCAGUAAUCUGACCAGGCUGCGCAGCCAUGUGACUGGUCCUGUGGUGGACAAUGAGAAGUGUUACCCACCACCCGGUGUGCAGUCCUGUCCACAUGAAUUGUCUCAGACCAACAACGUCAACAAACUGCUGCUCUUGGACUCUGGGCAGAACCGGCUGAUCGCCUGCGGCAGUACCUCACAGGGCAUCUGUCAGUUCCUGCGUUUGGACGACCUGUUUAAACUAGGCGAGCCGCACCAUCGCAAAGAGCACUACCUUUCCAGUGUUGCGGAGGCGGGCACAAUGUCGGGUGUAGUCAUCAGUGGCUCUCAGGGUGGGGGCAGUGGGAAGCUGUUUGUGGGGACCCCCAUUGAGGGUAAGUCAGAGUACUUCCCUACACUUUCUAGCCGUAAGCUCAUGGUCAAUGAGGAGAAUGCAGACAUGUUCAGUUUCGUCUACCAGGAUGAGUUUGUGUCCUCACAGCUCAAAAUCCCUUCAGACACACUCUCCAAAUUCCCAACAUUCGACAUCUACUAUGUUUAUGGCUUCAGUAGUGAGCAGUUCAUCUACUAUUUGACCCUUCAGCUGGACACCCAGCUCACCUCCCCUGAUGCCAGUGGAGAACAGUUCUUCACCUCAAAGAUUGUACGGCUUUGUGUGGACGACCCCAAGUUCUACUCCUACGUGGAGUUCCCCAUUGGCUGCACCAAGGACGGGGUGGAGUACCGUCUGGUACAGGAUGCUUACCUCAGCCGGCCAGGUGCCAGGCUGGCACGAUCCUUAGGCAUCUCAGAACAAGAGGAGAUUCUGUUCACUGUCUUUGGUCAGGGCCAAAAGAACCGGGCUAAGCCGCCCAAAGAGUCUGCCCUGUGUCUGUUCACGCUGAAACGCAUCAAGGAGAAGAUUAAAGAGAGAAUCCAGUCUUGCUACAAGGGAGAAGGCAAGCUGUCCCUGCCGUGGCUGCUCAACAAGGAGCUGACCUGCAUCAAUUCGCCUCUGCAGAUUGAUGACAAUUUCUGUGGACAGGACUUUAACCAGCCGCUGGGCGGGACCACCACCAUUGAGGGCAUGCCACUCUUUGUGGACAAGGAUGAUGGCAUGACCUCCGUCACAGCCUAUGACUACCGGGGUCACACCGUGGCGUUUGUUGGCACACGCAACGGGAGGAUGAAGAAGAUUCUGGUGAACUCCGUUAAGCAGCCAGGCUUGCUGUAUGAGAACAUGGCUGUGAGUGAGGGUAGCCCUAUCCUUAGAGACAUGCUCUUCAGCCCCAACCAGCAGUACAUAUACACACUGACUGAGAAAGAGGUGAGCAGAGUUCCGGUGGAGAGCUGUGAACAGUACACAAGUUGUAAUGAGUGUCUUGGUUCUGGAGAUCCCCACUGCGGCUGGUGUGUUUUACACAGUGUCUGUUCGAAGAAAGACCGCUGUGAUAGGGCAGACGAGCCCCAGCGGUUUGCAUCUAAAGUGGAGCAGUGUGUCCAACUCAGUGUACAGCCCAGCAACAUCUCAGUCACCAUGUCUGAAGUACAGCUGGUGUUAGAGGCACAGAAUGUACCUAACUUGGCGGUGGCAGGAGUCAACUGUUCGUUCGAUAACUUCACUGAGACAGAGGGUCACAUCAUGGCUGGACGCAUUUACUGCCUCUCCCCCUCUGCCCGUGACAUCGCCCCCAUCACACGCAACCAGGGUGACAAGCGUGUGGUGAAGCUCCAUCUGAGGUCUAAAGAAACGGGGAAGAAGUUUGCAAGUGUGGACUUUGUCUUCUACAACUGCAGCGUACAUCCAUCGUGUCUUUCGUGUGUGAAUGGAUCCUUCCCCUGCCACUGGUGCAAGUACCGCCACAUGUGUACCCACAAUGCCAAUGACUGCUCCUUUCAGGAGGGCAGAGUGAACAUGUCAGAGGAGUGUCCUCAGAUCCUGCCAUCCACCCAGAUCUACAUCCCUGUGGGCAUGAUGAAACCCAUUACACUGUUGGCCCAGAACCUUCCACAGCCACAGUCCGGUCAGCGCAACUAUGAGUGCAUCUUUUACAUUCAGGGCAAGGAGCACAGUGUUACAGCCCUUCGCUUCAACAGCACCAGCAUCCAGUGUCAAAAGACUGUGUAUGACUAUGAAGGCAAUGACAUCGGUGACCUGCCUGUGGACCUGUCCGUGAUGUGGAAUGGAGACUUUGUCAUCGACAACCCCUACAACAUACAAGCUCACCUGUAUAAAUGCUUUGCUCUGAGGGACAGCUGUGGCAUGUGUCUGAAGGCUGACCCCAGGUUUGAGUGUGGAUGGUGCGUUCACGAGAAGAAGUGUUCUUUGAGGCAGGAGUGCUCACCAGACAGCAUGUGGAUGCACCCUACCACUGGGAACAGCCGGUGCACCCAUCCGAAAAUCAGCAAGUUGUUUCCUGAGACAGGUCCGAAGCAGGGUGGAACCAAGCUUACCAUCACUGGGGAGAACUUGGGCCUUCAGUUCCGUGACAUUCAGAAUGGAGUGCGUCUGGGAAAGGUGCCGUGCAUUCCCAUAGAGGAAGAGUACAUCAGUGCAGAGAGGAUUGUGUGCCAGCUGAAUGAUGCCACAGGCUACCGUGUGCAGGACGCUCAGGUAGAGGUGUGUGUGAGGGACUGCCAGGCAGACUACAGAGCUCUCUCUCCUCGUGCCUUCACAUUCGUGAGUCCUUUUUUCACCCGUGUGCAGCCAUCCCAGGGGCCCCUAUCUGGCGGGACAAGGAUCACCAUUGAAGGAAUCCACCUCAACACUGGCAGCUCUGUGUCCAUCAAAAUUGGCAGAAGUCUAUGUCACUUUGAAAAGAGGAGCUCCAAGGAAAUCGUGUGUGUGACUCCGGCUGGUCUGACUCCAGGCAGUGUUCCGGUCAUGGUGGAUAUCGAUGCUGGUGAGCUGAGGAAUCCGGAGGUUAAGUUCAGCUACACCGAUGACCCCACCAUCUUCCGCAUCGACCCAGACUGGAGCAUAGCCAGUGGUGGGACCCCUCUGACCGUCAGUGGCACAAACCUGGCCACCAUUCGCGAGCCGAAGAUCCGUGCCAAGUAUGGCUCUGCUGAGUCCUUACAUAACUGCACGGUCUUCAAUAACUCCGCUAUGGUCUGCUUGGCACCGUCGGUGGCACACUCAGAGCGGGUUUUUGCAGAGUUGGGCAGUGGACCAGAUGAGAUUGGUUUCUAUAUGGAUAAUGUCUACGCCCUGGUGGUGGUGAACGAGAGUUUCAGUUACUACCCAGACCCUGUGUUUGAGCCACUCAGUGCGUCUGGUGUCCUGGAGCUCAAGCCUGCCUCCCCGCUCAUCCUGAAGGGCCGAAACCUGAUCCCUGCAGCCCCUGGGAGUGCCAGAUUAAACUACACCGUGUUCAUUGGAGAAACUCCGUGUGCCUUGACGCUGUCAGAGACUCAGCUGCUGUGUGAGUGGCCAAACCUCACAGGUCAACACAAAGUCACGAUCCGGGCAGGGGGUUUUGAGUAUUCUCCUGGCAUGUUGCGGAUCUACUCGGACAGCCUGCUUACUCUACCAGGCAUUAUCGGGAUCGGAGGAGGAGGGGGUCUACUGCUGCUCGUUAUCAUUGUCGUCCUCAUCGCCUACAAACGCAAGUCCCGCGACGCCGAUCGUACCCUCAAACGCCUGCAGCUACAGAUGGAUAACCUGGAGUCCAGAGUCGCCCUGGAGUGUAAGGAAGCAUUUGCAGAGCUGCAGACAGACAUUCAUGAGCUGACACAGGAGCUGGAUGGUGCAGGGAUUCCUUUCCUGGACUACAGGACCUACGCCAUGCGUGUGCUCUUCCCUGGCAUUGAAGACCACCCUGUGCUUAAGGAGAUGGAGGUCCAGGCCAAUGUGGAGAAGGCUCUCACACUUUUUGGGCAGCUCCUGACCAAGAAACACUUUUUGUUGACAUUUAUCCGUACGUUGGAGGCCCAGCGCUCCUUCUCCAUGCGUGACCGUGGCAACGUGGCCUCCCUCAUCAUGACAGCCCUGCAGGGGGAGAUGGAGUACGCCACAGGGGUCCUCAAACAGCUGCUCUCUGACCUUAUUGACAAGAACCUAGAGAGCAAGAACCACCCCAAACUCUUACUGAGGAGAACGGAGUCUGUUGCCGAGAAGAUGCUGACAAACUGGUUUACCUUCCUCCUGUACAAGUUUCUAAAGGAGUGUGCAGGUGAGCCUCUGUUUAUGUUGUACUGUGCCAUUAAGCAGCAGAUGGAGAAAGGCCCCAUUGAUGCAAUCACAGGAGAGGCCCGUUACUCCCUCAGUGAAGACAAACUCAUCAGACAGCAGAUUGACUAUAAGACCCUGACGCUCCACUGUGUGAACCCAGAGAAUGAGAAUGCUCCUGAGGUGACUGUGAAGUGCCUCAACUGUGACACCAUUACCCAGGUGAAGGAGAAGCUCUUAGACGCUGUCUACAAAGGGAGCCCGUACUCGCAGAGACCCAAGGCUGGGGAUAUGGAUCUAGAGUGGCGGCAGGGACGAAUGGCCAGGAUCAUUCUACAGGAUGAGGAUGUCACCACCAAAAUCGACAGUGACUGGAAACGCCUGAACACACUCGCUCACUAUCAGGUGACGGACGGAUCUGUCAUCGCCCUGGUUCCAAAGCAGAACUCUGCCUACAACAUCUCCAACUCCUCCACCUUCACAAAGUCACUUAGUAGAUAUGAGAGUAUGCUGCGGACAGCCAGUAGUCCAGACAGUCUCCGCUCCAGGACCCCCAUGAUCACUCCAGACCUGGAGAGUGGCACCAAACUCUGGCACCUGGUCAAGAACCAUGACCACUCGGACCAGCGUGAGGGUGACAGAGGCAGCAAGAUGGUGUCAGAAAUCUACCUGACCCGCCUGCUGGCUACCAAGGGAACCUUACAGAAGUUUGUGGAUGAUCUGUUUGAGACGAUAUUCAGCACCGCUCAUCGGGGCAGUGCUCUGCCGCUGGCCAUUAAGUAUAUGUUUGAUUUCCUGGACGAGCAGGCUGACAAGCACCAGAUAACGGAUUCUGACGUCAGACAUACAUGGAAGAGCAACUGCUUACCUUUGAGGUUCUGGGUAAACGUCAUCAAGAACCCCCAGUUUGUGUUUGACAUACACAAGAACAGUAUCACAGACGCCUGUCUUUCAGUGGUGGCUCAGACAUUCAUGGACUCCUGCUCCACAUCAGAGCACAAACUGGGGAAAGACUCGCCCUCCAACAAGCUUCUCUAUGCUAAAGAUAUCCCCAACUACAAGAGCUGGGUGGAGAGAUACUACUCUGACAUCUCCCGCAUGCCUGCCAUCAGUGACCAGGACAUGAGCGCCUACCUGGCUGAGCAGUCCCGACUCCACCUCAGUCAGUUCAACAGCAUGAGUGCUCUUCAUGAGAUCUACUCCUACAUCACCAAGUACAAAGAUGAGAUCCUGUCUGCGCUACAAAAGGACGAACAGGCUCGCCGACAGAGACUCCGCAGCAAACUGGAACAAGUCAUUGACACCAUGGCCUUGACUAGCUGA